UGGAAAGUGUUGUCAUUUCAUAUUAUUUUUCUUGCAGCACCUGCCAGCGUGCGUUGUAUCCAUAAUGAUGUCACAGUACCUGACUUCUCUGCCUACCGUCGUCAAGAUGUGCUAGAUGCCACAGCAUCUUCUCAAAGCAGCAGUGAAGCUAGAAAAGGGUUUUCCUACCUGCUGACUGCAACAACGUGUGUAACGGCUGCAUAUGCUGCUAAGAAUGCUGUCACCCAGUUUAUUUCCAGCCUCAGUGCUUCUGCUGAUGUGCUAGCAUUGUCAAAGAUUGAAAUCAAGCUGUCUGACAUUCCGGAAGGCAAGAACAUGGCUUUCAAGUGGAGGGGGAAGCCCCUCUUUGUGCGCCACAGAACCCAGGCAGAGAUUAAUCAGGAAGCUGAAGUUGAUUUGUCUAAACUGAGGGAUCCACAGCAUGAUUUAGACAGAGUAAAGAAGCCAGAAUGGGUCAUAUUAAUAGGUGUCUGCACUCAUCUUGGUUGUGUACCAAUUGCUAACUCCGGAGAUUUUGGUGGUUAUUACUGCCCUUGCCAUGGGUCCCAUUAUGAUGCCUCUGGCAGAAUCAGGAAAGGUCCUGCUCCCCUUAACCUUGAGGUUCCAACUUACCAGUUUGUUAGUGAUGAUGUAGUUGUUGUUGGCUGAAUAAUCAAGUGCUUGCUCGUUUUCUUGUUCUGAUGAAUGUACACUCAAAAGGGUUAACUGAUCCUCCGGAAUGCUGUCAAACCAGAUGAUCCUGAAUACACGUUAGCUGUCUUGACUCAACCUGAAGUAUGUUCGAAUACUUCCCUAUGUUCAAUUGUAAUAAAAACUUUGAGUGAGCACUCAGUUCUGUGA